AUGGAAAGACUGUUUUCUUUCUUGCUCCCAGCAACUAUAAGGAAUGUAAACGAACGAUCGGAGAUUGCUCAUUUCAAGAAGGAGUAUUCACAACACCAACGAGGCGCCAAUGAACGAUUUAUGCAACAACACCAGAGGAAAGAGGUUGCAGGUAUUGCCAUGGCCACAACAGCAGCAAUUACCACAACUACCACUACUACUACCACUAACCAACCCCACACAGAACAACAACCCAUUCCAAUAUUCCUUGCCGUACCUGCAACAGCAGCUGCUGAACAUUCAACCAGCACGACGACGACUACUACUACUGAAGAACAAUCAAGAGUAGUGGCUCGACGAACCAAAUCUCCCGUAUCUCCCUCAAGCAAAACGCAUACCAACGCUCGUACAACGUCUGCAACCUCCUCCUCCACCUUGGAUGAAAUCAUAACCAUUGAGGAAAGCAAUACGAGCUACUCGCAUCAAGGUGCCACGGCUUUCUCGUCCUCCUCCUCGAGAAAGUCAGAAGCUCGUCUCCUCGAACAACACCAACACCACUCAUUCAUAAAGCCAAAAGCUCCCUCUCUGUGUAGCUUGAUGAUGUGUGGAACGUUGGGAUCAGGCAAAUCCACACUCUAUCGUCAAUUCAGGGUCACCUUACAAGAAGGAUUUAAUCAAACAGAAGUGGAUCGAAUGCGCAUGUAUCUCUUUACCAACAUGUUGAAUAGUUUUGGAUUGGGUGUGUCCAAGUUUUUAAACCUUCUCUCAGAGUACAAAGACUUUGGAUUCAAUGCCAUUGCACACACAAACAUUCCUGAAGAAUAUUUUACCAAUGAACAAGUCAUUCAACAAUUUGUCGAGUAUAAGCAAAAGGUGGGAACACUCCAUUCGAGGCAUGUCCUGUACGACUCGAAUAUACCUUAUGGAGAUAUGAUCGUGUCCAUGUGGGAAGAUGCUAGGGUGAGAGAAAUUCUCAAUGCUUUUGCUUUGAGUGACUCAUUCUCUGAUGGUUUGGAUUACUACUUGAGAACUGAACACGACUCACCCAAACGCAUGUUAAACAAAACCACACGAUAUGAACCCAUACUUGAUGAUAUCAUUAGCUGUAGAACCAAGACCACAGGUAUCACAUACAUUGAUUUUGACUUCCUUGGCACUGCUUAUCGAGUGUAUGACGUUGGAGGAGCUCGUACGGAACGGAAAAAGUAUGAACAUGUAUAUCCUGGCUUAACAGGUGCCUACUAUACUGCCUCUCUCAUUGACUAUCGAAAAACAUGCUAUGAAGAUGACUUUUCAAGUAGAUUCACAGAGAGUACGACCUUCUUUGACACACUGAGCAACGGUCCAUUGAAAUACUCUCCAAUAUUUCUUGUGUUCACAAAGCUAGAUAUUUUCAAAAGGACCUUUGAGGGUGAAACUACAUUUUCUGGUUUGUGUCCAGAGUAUGCGAAUUAUGAUUCGUCAGAACACAAAGAUUUCUCCACUUUCUUUACAGAUCUUCCUUCUCAGUCCAAAAUUGAUUCCUAUCCCAUUGUUCAUCCAUCUUCCUCCUCAUCUUCCUCCAACCAAUCCAAAUUUUUAAGGUAUCUUCUUGAUGAAGAAACACACCUCACUAACGAAGAAUUGAGAGUAUUAUCGUUCAUUGAAAAUAGUCAUACAUCAAAAUUGAAAUUCAAUAGCAAGCGAGUUUUCAUCUUUUACAUGACUGCUCUCGAUACAAAUCAAUUCAAAAAAUUGAUUGACAUUACCACUUCAAUUUUGUAUCAACUUUUUUCACACACUCCCUCGAAACAAGCCAAGUCCAAUUCCCACAAAUAA